AUGUCCCUCAAGAGAAAGUCAAGCGCAGAGGGGAGCGAGGAGGCUCGGAAGGAAGCCAAGACGCGGAGGACCGACGCGGUAUACAAUGACGAGGGAGCCGAUGUUGUCCUCGUGUCGAGCGACAUCGUCGUCUUCCGCGUCUACGGCUAUUUUAUCCAAGCUGCCAGUCCAGUAUUCAGGACUAUGCUGCAAGUGGGCAACAAGGAGCCAAGCGCCGAGGUGGAGUUCACCGACGGCAAGCUCGAGCGGGCGGCGAUCAUUCGGUUGCUCCUGAACUUCAUAUGUAAGCCCUUCGAUGGCUUCGAUAUGCUGGGCACCGACAACGCUCUCGACCUCAUACGUCUCGCCGACAAAUGGGAUUUCGGAAAUCUGCUGUCAAGCAUCAAGCUGCAGAUCGAACAUCCAAUAUGCCCGGGGUUGCCCGCCCACCGGUAUGGCCGUUUCUUCUACGCUUGCGCGCUCGACGACGUCGAGGCUGCGCACCGGCUCUUCCUCGAGAUGGGCACAAAAAGGUGGACGACGGUCAAGGAGAUGGCCGAGGCGACAGUCGACGACAUGAUCAAAGGGGCGCCCGUGCUCGAUCUUACAACCAUGUCCAGCGAGUGGAUUGACCGUCUUCCCCGCAAGUACUUCUUAGCUUUGCUGCAGGCGACGGGACUGCUUCCGGACAGUCCGGCGGGCUGGACCGCUGUUGCCGACGAGUUCAAGAUGCAGGUCAAGCUGCAGGAUGCCAAAUGA